AUGGAUGAAACGAAAGUAAUUUAUCACAUAGACGAUGAAGAAACUCCGUAUUUAGUGAAAAUACCAAUCGCGCCAGAGAAAGUGACUUUGGCAGAUUUUAAAAAUGUUUUGAAUAGGCCCAAUUAUAAGUUUUUCUUUAAGUCGAUGGACGAUGAUUUUGGUGUUGUGAAAGAAGAAAUCAUCGACGACACUGCUCAUUUACCAUGUUUUAAUGGUAGAGUUGUUAGUUGGUUGGUGUCAGCUGAAGGUUCAAAUCAAUCAGAUGGUGGUUCACAAUGUACAGACAGUGUAACACAACCAGAACAAAGACUGCCACCCCAACCACCAGAUUCGGUAUGUACAGACACAGAAAGCAUUAUAAGUUCUCGUCAGGCUCGCAGACACCACAAAUAUCCUUCACGUAUCAAUGGACACAUGCCCAGGUUAUAUGAAACGUCUUCAAUGGUAAGUUCAGAUUUGGAAACGACUAGUUUUCAAUCAGAGACCACAGGACGCCACACAGCGUUAUCAGAAUGUUCCAGUGUCAGUAGGUUGCACGUAGCCAAUAGAAAAAGACCACAAAGAAGACGGAAACAGAGACUGCAGGCAAUGUCACGAACCAGUUCGUAUUCAAGUAUAACGGACUCCACGAUGUCUUUGAACAUUAUAACAGUUACGUUGAACAUGGACACAGUGAAUUUUUUAGGCAUCUCUAUCGUAGGACAGAGUAAUAAAGGUGGAGAUGGGGGAAUUUAUGUAGGAUCAAUAAUGAAAGGAGGUGCCGUGGCCCUAGAUGGUAGAAUCGAACCUGGGGACAUGAUUUUGCAAGUGAACGACGUCAAUUUCGAGAACAUGUCCAACGAUGAGGCCGUCAGGGUGCUGAGGGAAGUUGUACAAAAGCCAGGACCUAUUAAAUUGGUUGUUGCAAAGUGUUGGGACCCAAAUCCAAAAGGUUACUUUACAAUUCCUAGGACUGAACCUGUUCGGCCCAUUGAUCCUGGGGCUUGGGUGGCGCACACGGCCGCAGUUAGGGGAGAUCCGGUGGUCAGGCCACCCAGUAGUUCGACAGUAUCUAGUGCGUCGAUUACCAGCACCAUUCCAGCUAACGAAAGGGAAUGUUUACUUGAAUUAGAAGAGCCCUUGACGAUAAACACGCCAAUGGCAACGGUUGUGCAGGCGAUGCAGAGGCCGGACAGCGGUCUCGAAAUCCGAGACCGCAUGUGGCUAAAAAUAACGAUACCAAACGCAUUCAUAGGUACCGACAUGAUCGACUGGCUUUUGACCCACGUCGAAGGAUUUCAGGAUCGCCGGGACGCCCGCAAGUACGCGUCGCACCUCCUGAAGGCCGGUUUCAUACGUCACACGGUCAAUAAGAUCACGUUCUCAGAGCAGUGCUACUACAUAUUCGGUGACCUCUGCUCGGCCAUGUCAAACCUCAAACUGCAAGAGGACGCUGACUCGGUAGGGCCGUUGCCAAACGUGCCGAAUUACAUGCCCUACAGCGGCACCUACAACCCUCUGGAGUACAUGCCGAUGCCCUUUUAUACCGCCAGCGAGCACACGGUGUACGGAUACAACAGGGAGGAGUCUGUCCUCAGCGGAAGUGGAGGGUCGUCAAACGGUUCGGAUCACUUGAAGGAUCCGGUGGCGCAGAGCAGUCCGUCUGACAGCGAUCUGACGUCAUUGGGGCCGAGGUCGGCGUUGCCCAUGGCCACGGGGAAUGGUAACGGAUCGUCGAACGGGUCGGAUCAGAGCAGCGGGACGCAGGUGGCGGCGCAAUCGAAAGACAUAGCCGGUAGUAGACAAUCAUUUAAAAUUGCUAUGGGUAACCCUUGCGAAAUGUUCGUAGAUGUCAUGUAGUAGGUAGACAGCGCCUCAGUUCUCACUCCAUCUUUUGUUUUAUUUUUUCUUUUUUUUUUUCUUUUGAAGAGGGGAUCGUUCAACUGUUACGUAUGUCAGCACGUUUAGAGAAAUGGGCUUUAAGAUUUUUCUUAAACGGUCAAUUGUUUUGUCAUCUGGAAUAUAGACAAA